CGCCUGUGCCCUCUGCCUGGGAGCCCAGGCCGCCUGUUGGCGCGGUCCAGAUGCUUUCAGGUCAAGGUUCCCUUGGCCAUUGUCCGCCAAGCCCCCAAGAAGUGACUUCCACCCUGGCGGGCAGGGAAGCCACUGGCAGAGCCCAGUAAGCCUGGCUUCUGCAUCCCUCAUCUUCCUCUCCCGGUAUCGCUUUGCUCUGGGCCAGUUCAGUAGGUGACACGGCCCCUUAUCCCCAGGUCCCCAUCUGCGGGAGCAGGGUGCAGGCCGGCUGGGCGCUGUGCCAUGAGCCAGAGCCCCGGGUUCGUGGCCCGGAGGGGCGGCUCUCCGCUGGCUGCCCCUGGAGCCGGAGCGCGGCGCAACGAGAGCCAAGACUAUCUGCUGAUGGACGAGCUGGGAGACGACGGCUGCUCGCAGCUCCCGCUGCCACCCUAUGGCUACUAUCCCAGCUUCCGGGGUAAUGAGAACAGACUGACUCACCGGCGGCAGACAGUUCUCCGUGAGAAGGGAAGAAGACUGGCUAACCGAGGACCAGCAUACAUGUUUAAUGAUCACUCAACAAGCCUGUCUAUUGAGGAGGAACGCUUUCUAGAUGCAGCUGAAUAUGGCAACAUCCCGGUGGUGCGGAAAAUGCUAGAGGAGUGUCUCUCCCUCAAUGUUAACUGUGUGGAUUACAUGGGCCAGAAUGCCCUGCAAUUGGCAGUAGCCAAUGAGCACCUGGAAAUUACAGAGCUGUUGCUCAAGAAGGAAAACUUGUCUCGAGUUGGGGAUGCUUUGCUUUUAGCUAUCAGUAAAGGUUAUGUACGGAUUGUGGAAGCAAUCCUCAACCAUCCAGCUUUUGCUGAAGGUAAGAGGUUAGCCACAAGCCCCAGCCAGUCUGAACUCCAGCAAGAUGACUUUUAUGCCUAUGAUGAAGAUGGGACUAGGUUCUCCCAUGAUGUAACACCAAUCAUUCUGGCUGCUCAUUGCCAGGAAUAUGAAAUAGUGCACACACUCCUGAGAAAGGGUGCCCGGAUUGAACGGCCUCAUGAUUACUUCUGCAAGUGUACAGAAUGCAGCCAGAAACAAAAGAAUGACUCAUUCAGUCACUCCAGAUCCAGGAUUAAUGCCUACAAAGGCCUGGCAAGUCCAGCAUACCUGUCUUUGUCCAGUGAAGAUCCAGUCAUGACAGCUUUAGAACUCAGCAAUGAGCUGGCUGUGCUUGCCAACAUUGAGAAAGAAUUCAAGAAUGACUACAGGAAGCUGUCCAUGCAGUGCAAAGAUUUCGUGGUUGGUCUUCUGGAUCUCUGCAGAAACACGGAAGAAGUCGAGGCCAUCCUGAACGGGGACGCAGAGACUCGUCAGCCCGGGGACCUCGGCCGUCCGAAUCUCAGCCGAUUAAAACUUGCCAUUAAAUAUGAAGUAAAAAAAUUCGUAGCUCAUCCAAACUGCCAGCAACAGCUCCUGUCCAUAUGGUAUGAGAACCUCUCUGGUCUACGGCAGCAGACCAUGGCAGUCAAGUUUCUCGUGGUCCUUGCGGUUGCCAUUGGACUGCCCUUCCUGGCUCUCAUAUACUGGUGUGCUCCAUGCAGCAAGAUGGGGAAGAUAAUGCGUGGACCAUUCAUGAAGUUUGUAGCACAUGCAGCUUCCUUCACCAUUUUCCUGGGGCUGCUUGUCAUGAAUGCAGCUGACAGAUUUGAAGGCACCAAGCUCCUCCCUAAUGAAACCAGCACAGAUAAUGCAAGACAGCUGUUCAGGAUGAAAACAUCCUGCUUCUCAUGGAUGGAGAUGCUCAUUAUAUCCUGGGUAAUAGGCAUGAUAUGGGCUGAAUGUAAAGAAAUUUGGACUCAAGGCCCCAAAGAGUACUUAUUUGAGUUAUGGAAUAUGCUUGAUUUUGGGAUGUUGGCAAUCUUUGCAGCAUCAUUCAUUGCGAGAUUCAUGGCAUUCUGGCAUGCAUCCAAAGCUCAGAGCAUCAUUGAUGCAAAUGACACUUUGAAGGACUUGACAAAAGUCACACUGGGAGACAACGUCAAGUACUACAAUCUGGCCAGGAUAAAGUGGGACCCUUCUGAUCCUCAAAUCAUCUCUGAAGGUCUUUAUGCAAUUGCUGUGGUCUUAAGUUUCUCCAGAAUAGCUUACAUUUUACCAGCAAACGAAAGCUUCGGACCACUGCAGAUUUCACUUGGAAGAACAGUAAAAGAUAUCUUCAAAUUCAUGGUCAUAUUCAUCAUGGUGUUUGUUGCCUUUAUGAUUGGAAUGUUCAACCUCUACUCCUACUACAUUGGCGCAAAACAGAAUGAAGCCUUCACAACAGUUGAGGAAAGUUUCAAGACACUGUUCUGGGCUAUCUUUGGGCUUUCAGAAGUGAAGUCAGUGGUCAUCAACUACAAUCACAAGUUCAUUGAAAACAUUGGCUAUGUUCUGUAUGGUGUCUAUAAUGUCACAAUGGUUAUUGUUUUGCUAAAUAUGUUAAUUGCGAUGAUCAACAGUUCAUUCCAGGAAAUUGAGGAUGAUGCUGACGUAGAGUGGAAGUUUGCAAGGGCCAAAUUAUGGUUUUCCUAUUUUGAGGAGGGAAGAACACUUCCAGUCCCCUUCAAUCUUGUGCCAAGUCCAAAGUCCCUGCUCUAUCUCCUAUUGAAAUUUAAGAAAUGGAUGUCUGACCUGGUCCAGGGUCAUAAGAAAGGCUUCCAAGAAGAUGCAGAGAUGAACAAGCUGGCACACAAACAGUCAAGCAUAAGGAGCUCAGAAGACUUCCAUUUAAACAGCUUCAGUAGCCCUCCAAGGCAGUACCAGAAAAUCAUGAAAAGACUCAUUAAAAGAUAUGUAUUGCAGGCUCAAAUUGAUAAGGAGAGUGAUGAAGUGAAUGAAGGGGAACUGAAGGAGAUCAAGCAGGACAUCUCAAGCCUUCGUUAUGAACUCCUAGAAGAAAAAUCUCAGAACACAGAAGACCUAGCAGAACUUAUUCGAAAACUGGGGGAGAGAUUGUCCUUAGAGGCCAAACAGGAGGAAAGUCACAGAUAAUGUGAAGCCCCCUCAGAAAUGCAUAUUUAUUUCUCCACUCGAAGCCAUAUUAUUUUCUGAUUUAUUUUUUUAAGUGCCAAUGAUAAACAGUAUGUUGAAUGAUAACUUGGAUCAUCUAGAGUCCUAAUGUCAACAUGUUUUGGUGAUUAAAUUGCACUGUUGAGGCUAAAGAUUUCA